AUGUAGGAUCAAGAUCUAAACAAAAAAGAAGAAAAAAAAGAAAAAGGAAGAAAACAUCAUAUCAUUUUAAAUUCGCGAAUUUAUCAUGUUAUGUAGUUUAUACAUGUGUAUAUAAACUAUUUUCAUAAAAUUAGAAAUAUGUAUACAAAAAGUUUUUUUUACAAUCAAAAAUAAACGUACAGGUGGUCGUCGUUGUCGUCGUCAUCGUCAUCGGAUGUAGUUGUAAACGAUUGUCGAACAAAAGACGAACUGUCAGAAUCAAAAAAUUUACUUGACGAAGUAAAUAAGAUAACGUGACGUGUUAAAGGUCAAUUAGAAAGACGAGUGGGAUGUCAUUCACUAAAAUAGGCGUUCACCAUUUUAUCGAGAUCUCAAUUAAGGUUCCGAGUUUGUAAUCUUGGGAAUAAGAACGAUCCUAACCUCUUUGUAUCGUUGUUAAUAUGGGUAAGUAUUUGCAAUAUGUUAUCUUUAAAUUGAUAUAUAUAUACAUAUAAAAUAUAUUAUUUCCCGAUAUUUCGUUCAGUUCGAACGUUUUCGUCGUACUGAAAUCGAUAAAGUCUGAAGCUGCGUGAAAUGUACUUUUUUCUAAUCUUAUCUAUGAGUAAGGCUUGAAAGAUUGACUCAUUGAUGAUCAGUCAUACGUUUUAUAGUUGUAAUAUAGACAUUGGAUUAGGUUAUUUUUCGAUCAUGUCGGAAAACAGAAUAAACGAGACCGCUGAGUUUUUACCAUUGCGUAGAAAUUUUCUAAGCGAUGUAAGUUUAGGCAGGUUUUCAGAACGUAGUUUGCAUGAAACUUAUUUAGAAAAUAAAUCUCGUCGGAACAUGUGCAAUGAUUGUAUGGCCAGAGUGCCUUAUGCAACUCUAAUAGCAACUAUUAUGUGUUGUUUAGGAGUUGGCAUAUUUUGCGGCACUAUGUAUAGAGGUGUUACGAUAUGUUCUCUUAUGAUGGAUCAGGUAUUUCAUUUAAGACUUGGUUGGCUGGAAGCGUUACAAUUGGUUCUUGCUAUAAUAGGAGCUAGCAUGGCUGCUUUAGGCUUUAUGAUUUUAUGCGUUGGUUGUCUUGCGACAGGUGCAACCAGACAUAAAGUAUAUAGAGCAUGGAGAUCUAGAGUAGGAGGUCGUAUUUCUUGUGCUGUUUUUAUGACUAUUACAUAUGUAUCGCAAUUGAUCUGGCUUGUAAUAUUUGCAAUUUUAGUUGUAAUCACACUGUUGUUUACUAUAUUUUGGGGAUUGUGCAGUAAUCCUCGUGUUCAGUCUCUUGAUCAAUGCAUCGAUUUUACUCAAUUCAAUUUUCUAUUCCCAAAUAAUACAAGAGUAGAAGAUAUGAAAGUGUGCGGAUCUCAAGAAGUGAAACUCUUUUGUAAAGAUUUUGUUCAAAAUGCAGAAGUGAUGUUUAUUUUAGCAACGGUUGCUGCUAUACUAGCUAUUUUAAGUUUAACACAUUAUCUCAUGUGUUUAUCUGCCAAUUACGCACACAUUCGUGAUCAUGAAAAAUUCCAAGAAUUGCAAGAACUCCAAUAUCUUCAAGAUCCUGGCGAUCCAGAUUCUCCACAACCUGGAAUGGGAACUUUAAGCUCUCAUCAUCACGCUAAGGAUAGAUUUUAGGAUACAGCCCGCGAGAUCUUCGCUAUGAAUCCAUUAUAACGUUGACUGCUUCUAUCUAUAGAAGCUAUGAAAAUUCAGAACUGGAUAGAUAUACAACUGGAUCGACAACUUUGUUCUAUUAAUCUUUCAUUGUACCUAUUACUCAGUAUUCUACUUAUCGAAUAUUAGUUGCAGUAGUUUACUGAUUCAGAGGAUCUUGCGGGAACACUCUAUGCCGUCCAUUAUCUGCGACUGUCUUGUAAGCAUUUUUUACAUUCUUUACGUUUUUUUUUUUUAUAUCGUUUAA